UUAAAAUGUGAAAAUAUAGUACUAAUAUUUUUAAUUUUUUUUUUAAAUUUAAAAACUCUUGGCUUGGGUGUCCUACAUCUCCCCUCAGAACGUGGCGCCUCCUACACUUUCGUCUUUCGACUGUGUCUCUCGGUCUCUCUCUCGCGCAAAAUCUCUCUGUUUGUUUCUGUGUCUGCAUCUUUUUGUUCACCUUUCAUAGAUUCUGGUAAUCUAUCGUUGGUGGCCUCCGAAUCGGACCGGGCAUUACUUCGUUUCGGCGAGCUAGCUGGUCGGUCUCCAGCUAACGCUGUUUGGCUUUACUAUAGACCGAUUUUAAAGUUUUGUUAUGAAAAGGUUGUAGAAUCCCUGGGUGUCUAUGACGUCACUCAGAUCGUCUGUGAAAAGGAAUGCCUUCUUUGAUGGGGGGAAAUGUGGAUUAAAAAUGAAGCAGCUCCCGUUUAUGGGAGUUUUAUGUACAGUGAUGUUGUUCAUUGUGUAUAGAACUACAAUUUAUCAAUAUCAACAUACAAAGAUGGAAGAAAAAAUGCACCCAUUUGACACAUUAACGGAAUCAGCUUUGGCUACUGGAUUAUUGGCUGGUUUGCCUGCUGGUAUUGUACGAGCUACUUCGGAUUUGGAGUUAAAGCCUCUAUGGUCAUCAAGUAAUUCAAGAUCGAAGGUUGAUACUCGUAGCAGUCGUUACUUACUGGCUGUUCCAGUUGGUAUUAGGCAAAAACAUAAUGUUGAUGCUAUGGUCCAAAAGUUUCUUCCAGAGAAUUUUACAGUUAUUCUAUUCCAUUAUGAUGGCAAUAUGGAUGGAUGGUGGGAUCUUAAUUGGAGUGACAAGGCUAUACACAUAGUUGCUCAGAACCAAACAAAAUGGUGGUUUGCAAAGCGCUUUCUGCAUCCAGCUGUUGUGUCUAUCUAUGAUUACGUAUUUCUGUGGGAUGAAGAUUUAGGAGUAGAGAAAUUUGAUCCGAGAAGAUACUUGGAGAUUGUAAAAUCAAGAGGACUCGAGAUAUCACAGCCAGCACUGGGCCCAAAUUCGACUGGCAUACAUCAUAGAAUUACUAUACGGUCCAGAUCAAAGGAAUACCAUACAAGAGUCUAUGACCACCGAGGCAGUACCAAGUGUUCUGAUGUCAGUCAGGGGCCCCCAUGCACUGGAUUUGUGGAAGGUAUGGCUCCGGUAUUUUCAAGAUCUGCUUGGUAUUGUGCUUGGCAUCUUAUACAGAAUGAUCUAGUCCAUGGAUGGGGAAUGGAUAUGAAACUUGGAUAUUGUGCACAGGGAGAUCGAACAAAAAAGGUGGGCAUUGUUGACCGUGAGUACAUUGUACAUCAGGGUAUACAAACUUUGGGUGGGGGUGGAUCUCCUACAAAAAAGGGUUCAAACAGUGAGGAGUUGACUAAGAGACAUGGUGCCUCAGUCACAGAUCCUCGAAUGGAGAUUAGGAGACAAUCAACUUGGGAACUGCAAAUCUUCAAGGAGCGUGCUCCUCCUGCUUCAAACUCGAGGCUUUCACCUCUCCCUCCUGAGCCUGCUGAUUUUGGUUAUGAUCAUGGUGCAACAGUUGACAUUCCAAUUGAUUCAACUACAGAUUUGAAGAAGAAAGAGAAGGAACUCCAAGCUAAGGAGGCUGAACUAAGAAGGCGAGAGCAGGAUGUAAAACGGCGUGAAGAUGCAGCUGCACGAGCUGGAAUUGUCCUGGAGGAGAAAAAUUGGCCACCAUUUUUCCCAAUCAUCCAUCAUGACAUUGCAAAUGAAAUACCAAUUCAUCUACAAAGAAUCCAAUAUGUUGCAUUUACGACCUAUUUAGGAUUGGUUCUUUGUCUUUUCUGGAACAUUAUAGCCAUUACAACGGCGUGGAUUAAAGGAGAAGGGGUGAGAAUCUGGUUUCUUGCUAUUAUUUAUUUCAUAGCAGGAGUUCCAGGAGCAUAUGUUUUGUGGUACCGUCCACUUUAUCGUGCAUUUAGGACUGAAAGUGCUAUGAAGUUUGGAUGGUUUUUCAUGUUUUAUAUGGUUCAUAUUGCCUUCUGCAUUGUUGCAGCAGUUGCCCCUCCAAUAUUUUUCAAAGGAAAAUCUUUCACCGGCAUCCUGUCUGCAAUAGAUGUUAUUGGUGACCAUGCCUUAGUUGGGAUCUUCUACUUCAUUGGAUUUGGAUUCUUCUGCCUUGAAGUGGUACUCAGCAUCUGGGUUCUUCAGCAAGUAUACAUGUAUUUCCGUGGCAGCGGUAAAGCUGCCGAGAUGAAGCGGGAGGCAGCUAGAGGAGCUGUGAGGGCUGCAAUAUGAUGAUCCUAUAUGUUUGUGGAUAAAGGCAAUAUGAGGAGCUUUAGCUUAUUUAUGUGUGGUUUUGAUUUUGUAUAUGCCCUCAGCCACGUAAAUUUGGGAAUAGAGAGAGAUUGCUAGGCGCUAUACUAGCAUUUGUUGAACAAAUUUCAUUACUCUGUAGUUUUGUUUGCUUGCUCGAAUUUCAUUGUGUUUGUAAAUGCUGUUUAACUUUUGUAUCAUUUGAGUUAUUGAGCCUUAGCCAUUUCCUUUAUUGGGAAUAAUUUCUGCCCCCUUUUGUUCUUGCCUAGCGGGCUAGUUUGAGUACACAGGAGUGGCUACUUUGACAAGGCCAUGUUAUCUGGGGUGGCAGCACGCAUUAUGACUAUGAUAGCUCUAUGGAGGCACGUGUAGGCUGUAGCUGAUUGUGUUAUAUGGAUUUCUAUGUACUUGAAUUAAAUGAAGACAUUAAGUUGUCUAGCUACCAUAUAAAUGUUCGACUUCUCAUGUUUUCAUA